AUGUUCUCCUCGCACCCUUUUUUCAAGAUUAUGUGUACCGUGCUCGGCGGGUCAAUGCUGCUAGCGCUAGAAGGAGUGCAUGCCACUUUACCUUCCGACAUUUCAAUCCCAACACCAACGUUUGAGCCCGUGUACGACGCGACUCUUCUUCUCGUUCCUGGUGUUACGCAGGACCUUGUCGCUGGGCCAUUUGGCGACCGAGCCUUCAUUGGGUUUCUUGGUGGAAACUUAACGAAUUACGCCACAGGCGCUCUCGAAGGUCAAAUCCUUGCCGGUUUCGGGGGAGAGUUUGGAGUCGUUUCCACCAACAGCAUGUUUUACACAGACGUUGCUCUUGCUGUUCAAUGGACAGACGACGACAAGUAUGCCUUCUUCAGAGUGAAUGGAAUCGGAGAGCUAGGAAAUAGUACUUACGCAACAUCUUAUACUCGGUUGGAGACGGAUUCCACCACAAGGCAGAACCUCGUCGACAAUGUUCUUUUAAUUAGCAUUGUUGUUGAGACGGAAGAUGCUCCGUCGAACGAGACCAUCGCGUAUUUCAGGCUCUUCGUAAAGGUGAUUGGUUUCAAAACGGUUGCUACCCCGCGGUGA